AUUUACUGUUUUCUUCUAACAAGGAGACAAGGUUGUGCUAACAGGGAGGAAUGUUCUGAAGCAUGGAAAGAGAACAGCACUCUGCAGCUUAGGGAGGAUUCCUCAUGCAGAAACGAAUAUGCAGUUGCCAAGACCUUCCUGAAGAUGGAACUUUCCGACCAAGUAAAAUAUUCCUAUCAAAGGGCUAAUUCUACCCAGGAAGCUUAUGUAAAAAAAACGUGAAAUGGUGUUAGCCAAGAAAUCAAUAUACAAGUUAUUGUAAAAGUUACACAACAUUUAAUGGACUGCAUAACAGCAAAUGCUCUCUUAUUGAUGAAGAAAUACUGUAUAUGGAUUUCCUCCAAAUCAACCGUAAAGCAGGCGAGCAGAUUAGACAUACCUUUUAAUGAAGAACACCAGAUGUUCAGAAAAAUACCUCUUAAUUUAUGACACUGUUGUUGGCUACAGGAAUGGAAGCGGCUGAGAAUGGCUCCCAAGCAACCCCCCUAAUAUGAUGUGGAAUAACAAGAACAAGCCUCCCCUUCAUCUUUAACUUGUACAGCCCCCUCCCACCCCCACUGUCGUUGUAGGCCACUUUACUGGUAUUAAUCGUGCGUUUUAGUUUCCCUUUAUAGCCAACGUCCUCUGUCCAUUCUGUCUUGGCAAGUUGAUCGCACUUCAUACACUGAUUAAAUAUUAAAGUCCUGGGCGCGAUAAUUGCAGAGGAUUGUGCAUCGCUGUGAAAUGCAUCAGGGCUGAGAGACAUACAAAAGAAGGAGGGCUAUGGCAGCAAGAGUGGGGGAGGCAGCGGGACCUAGACUGUAGCGCAGUGCUCACUUCAUCGUGCCUCCCGCGUGGAAGGAUUUGCCUGCGAGCAUUCCAUGUUAGUGGCAGGGAAGUUAAAGGGAUGCUCGUGGUCAGGGAGAAGGUCUGCUGAGAGGUGGAUAAGAAGGGGAGUGCGAGAGACCAAUAGCCGCCUGUGGGAGUAUUUGUUAUUCACAUGGAGGGGCGAGCUCAGGACUAGCUGCCUGUUUCAGCACCACGGACAGAGCUACAAGUGCGGCUCAUUGGAGACAAGCGCGGGAACAGCCUUUGCACUGACAGGCGAUGCAGACGCGCAGACAUUCUGGCCGGAUAAAGUUAUGUGAAAAUUCAUCAAGUAAGACAUGACUUGGAGACUACCAGUUCCUGAACCUGAAUACAUGAAAAGACUACCUGAUCAUAUGAAGUUGCUGUACUGGAUUUAUUAAAUGGAUUGUCUUAACUUUGCUUGGCUCUGAGAGUAUACUGCUACAUUAUGUUAUUCUUUAUUGGGCACUGAUGGUUACAUCUGGAAGGUGCAGCUUGAAAAGACUUAAUUUUUCAUAUCAGAAUUCUCAAUUGCAAUUAUGUUGUCGAGACAAGUAACAUACAAAAGCACCCAAUCAACUCUUUGCCCCUGCAUUUUAUUUUUAGCAAUGUAUGUGUUCUGGAUAUCAAGCAUGAUGCAAACAACUAAUGGCCAGGAAUAUGCUCACUCCAUCAGGGUUGAAGGGGAUGUUAUACUUGGAGGUCUCUUCCCAGUCCAUGCAAGAGGAGAACGUGGUGUGCCAUGUGGAGAUCUAAAAAAAGAGAAAGGAAUUCACAGACUAGAGGCAAUGAUGUAUGCCAUUGAUCAGAUUAAUAAGGACCCAGACUUUCUUCCAAACAUUACAUUAGGGGUGCGCAUCCUUGAUACCUGCUCAAGGGAUACAUAUGCCUUAGAGCAAUCCUUAACCUUUGUGCAAGCUUUAAUAGAAAAAGAUGCUUCAGAUGUCAGAUGUGCCAAUGGAGACCCUCCUAUUUUUACAAAGCCUGAUAAAAUUGUUUGUGUAAUAGGAGCUGCAUCAAGUUCAGUAUCUAUCAUGGUUGCCAAUAUUCUAAGGCUUUUUAAGAUACCUCAGAUCAGCUAUGCAUCAACAGCUCCAGAACUGAGUGAUAACAGCCGCUAUGAUUUUUUUUCACGUGUGGUUCCACCUGACUCCUAUCAAGCCCAGGCAAUGGUGGAUAUUGUGACAGCCCUAGGAUGGAACUAUGUAUCCACUUUAGCUUCAGAAGGAAAUUAUGGUGAGAGUGGCGUAGAAGCAUUCACACAACUAUCCAGGGAAAUUGGAGGCGUUUGCAUUGCACAGUCAUUGAAAAUCCCCCGGGAGCCCAAACUAGGAGAAUUUGAUAAAAUCAUUAAACGCCUGUUGGAAACCCCUAAUGCACGUGCAAUAAUCAUUUUUGCAAAUGAAGAUGACAUAAGACGAAUUCUGGAAGCUGCCAAAAGAAACAAUCAAACUGGGCAUUUUCUGUGGAUUGGUUCAGACAGCUGGGGUUCUAAGAUUGCACCAGUGUACCAGCAAGAAGAAAUAGCUGAAGGAGCUGUAACAAUAUUACCAAAGAGAGCAUCAAUAGAUGGAUUUGAUAGAUAUUUUCGAAGUCGGUCCUUGGCCAAUAACCGUAGAAAUGUGUGGUUUGCAGAAUUUUGGGAAGAAAAUUUUGGAUGUAAGUUGGGAUCACAUGGUAAAAGGAACAAUCAUUUUAAAAAAUGCACAGGGUUAGAACGUAUUGGACGGCAUUCCAAUUAUGAACAGGAAGGAAAAGUCCAAUUUGUGAUAGAUGCAGUAUAUGCAAUGGCUUAUGCACUGAAUAAUAUGCACAAAGAUCUCUGCCCCGGGUAUAUUGGACUGUGCCCACGAAUGAGGACUAUUGAUGGAAAAGAGCUUCUCAAUUAUAUUCGGGCAGUUAAUUUCAAUGGAAGUGCGGGAACACCAGUGACAUUCAAUGAAAAUGGGGAUGCUCCUGGGAGAUAUGAUAUCUACCAAUACCAAAUGACAAACAAAACAGCAGAAUACAAGGUUAUUGGACAAUGGACCAACCAACUACAUCUAAAUGUGGAAGACAUGCAGUGGACAAGCAGAGAACAUAUGCAACCAACUUCAGUUUGCAGCUUGCCAUGCAAACCUGGAGAAAGAAAAAAAACCGUGAAAGGAGUUCCCUGCUGCUGGCAUUGUGAACGAUGUGACGGUUAUCAUUAUCAACUGGAUGAAAUGACCUGUGAACUUUGUGCUUUAGAUCAAAAACCAAAUGCAAACCGCACUGGCUGCCAACUAAUUCCUAUUAUUAAACUUGAAUGGCACUCUCCUUGGGCAGUUGUGCCCGUCUUUAUAGCCAUUUUGGGAAUUGUGGCGACAACAUUUGCAAUUGUCACCUUUGUGCGAUACAAUGAUACACCUAUUGUUAGAGCAUCUGGUCGUGAGCUCAGCUAUGUGCUGUUGACAGGGAUUUUUGUGUGUUAUGCCAUUACUUUUUUAAUGAUUGGCACUCCAGACAUGUUUGUUUGCUCCCUGAGACGUAUUUUUCUUGGACUUGGCAUGUGCUUCAGUUAUGCUGCAUUACUGACUAAAACAAACAGAAUUCAUCGAAUAUUUGAGCAAGGAAAACAGUCUGUUACUGCCCCAAAGUUUAUAAGUCCAGCAUCUCAGUUGGUAAUCACUUUUAGUCUCAUAUCUGUUCAGUUGGUUGGAGUCUUCAUAUGGUUUGUUGUAGACCCUCCUCAUAUUAUAGUAGACUAUGGAGAACAAAGAACACCUGAUCCAAUUAAUGCUAGGGGAGUUCUUAAAUGUGACAUAUCUGAACUUUCUCUCAUUUGCUCUCUUGGAUACAGUAUUCUUUUAAUGGUUACAUGCACUGUUUAUGCCAUUAAAACUAGAGGGGUUCCAGAAACCUUCAAUGAAGCCAAACCUAUUGGAUUUACUAUGUACACCACCUGCAUCAUUUGGUUAGCUUUUAUUCCAAUAUUUUUUGGAACAGCUCAGUCAGCAGAAAGGAUGUAUAUCCAGACAACUACACUGACCAUCUCCAUGAGUUUAAGUGCUUCUGUAUCUCUUGGUAUGCUAUACAUGCCCAAGGUUUACAUAAUAAUUUUGCACCCAGAGCAGAAUGUUCAAAAACGAAAAAGAAGUUUCAAAGCAGUUGUGACAGCUGCCACCAUGCAAAGCAAGCUGAUCCAAAAGGGAAAUGACAGACCAAAUGGUGAAGUGAAAACUGAACUCUGUGAAAGCCUUGAAACAAACACUUCAUCAACCAAGACCACAUAUGUCAGUUACAGCAAUCAUGCAAACUAAAACCUUGUGAUCUAUGAUGGAAAAUAUCCAUGUUCUACAAUCACAACCAAGAUCGAAAAACAAAGUAAACACAAUGGACAUGCUAAAAAUGCCUGGAUUUAUUUUUUGAAAUAUAGUGCUGAAAUAUUUUAAUGAAAAGCCCAUGAAUGAACAAAAGAAAAGAUGUGGAACUGACUAAGCAAAUCCUAUUGUUCACAUUUGAUGAAAGACAAAAAGAAAAAAAAAAUCUGUCAUAUGUUACACCAUUAUUGUAAGUUCGUUUUGUGAUUUGUGAGAAUUUCAUUCCUGUCCUAUAUUGUUCUGUUUGUAUAGGAGAUGAGUUUGUGCAUUGUAAUGGCUGAUUGACAUGAAGCCCUGGGUUGUGUUACAUAAAUGCAAUGGUUCAAGCAUGCACAUUUUUAUACAAAAGAUAUUUCUAAUA